GUGUGUGUGGAGAGAGAGCGAGACGAAAUGUCCAUGACGAUGACGGAUUCCAUGACGUUUCCUUUACAGACAGAGAGCGAUGUGAGCGGUUUCGCUGAACAGUGCCGCGGAGCUCAUGGCUCACGCCGCGCACAACCUUCCGUGACGGCCUCUCCUCAUGAUCUCACCACAACAAACCCGCUGUAGUUUAGGCCCACAGCGGAUGUUGAGUUCGCGGUGCGAUGGCCGCGAGUAGCUCGCGAUUUCUUUGAUGCAUGAGAUAGGAGUUCAUUGGAGUUAUGAAAGCACCGCGUGAAGGUUUUGCAGUUUGAGGGGUUGAAUGAUCGGUGCUGGAUGAGUGUUUUGCAACUGCUUUAGAGCUAGUGGAGUAAGCUUUGGGGGUGUGAUUUUCGCAGCCGUUGUGGCAAUGGAAAGAUGGGUUCCUAUCAGACUGGUGGUGGCUGUGUCGAUGGUGAUGACCACGAGAAUUGUGGCUCAAUCGGCGAGCCUCGAUGCACAGUCGUUUGGUUUGAAUGCCACUCUCGGCGGCAACCAGACAUGGCUGUCCGAGAACGGGACCUUCACCAUGGGAUUCUACCCCAUUCCGGCGAACUCCAGCUCGCUGUACUUGGCGGUGUGGUACUCGGGAGUUCCGGUGGCGCCUGUGUGGCUGAUGAACCGCGAGAGAGCUGUCAAGAGCGGGGCUACUCUGACGCUUAACAAUGCGGGAAGUCUUGUGCUCGCAAACGCUGAUGGCUCUAGCGUCUGGACAUCCAACACGUCCGGUGUCGGUGUUGUGGGCGGAAAGUUUCUGGAGAAUGGCAACAUAGUGCUUCGAAACUCGUCGAACUGGACCAUGUGGGACAGCUUCGACUACCCGACGGAUACGUUCCUCCCAGGGUUGAUCGUGCAAGUGGGCCACAAAUUCACGUCAUGGAGGACGAACAGCGAUCCAUCACCUGGUCUGUACACUUUCGAGAUGUUGGCCGAUGGGCAGCUGUAUUUCAAGUGGAACGGGACCGAGACAUACUACAACAGUGGGCCGUGGGGGGGGUCCUAUUUCACGAACCCGCCGCAGCUGGGGAGAACAACGUCACCGGAUGUGUUUCACUUCGACAACAGCACAGGGAGCCCGAGGUUCUAUUACAAUACCUCUGGGAGAUCGGCCACUGCUGACAUCUCCCUCAAGCGGAUGCGCCUCGACCCGGACGGCGUGGCGCGCCAGCACAUCUGGGUCAUCGACUCCAACUCCUGGCAGACCUUCAUCAGCGCCCCUGUCGAGCCGUGCGACUCGUACCACGUCUGUGGGAAAAAUUCUCUCUGCAUCAGCAGCAAUUACAUUCCGGGCUGCACCUGUCUGCCGGAUUUUCGACCCGUCAGUGCUGCGGAAUGGAGCGACCAGGAUUAUUGGUUGCAAGGGUGUGGGCGCGACCCUGCGCUGCUUGGAUCUUGCACCACAAACGCCAGCAUCGCUAACUCCACCUCAGAUUUCUCUUUCAUGGCGUUGGCAGGCGCCACCAUUGAAGUUAACCGGACCAGCCCGCCCCAGUUUUUCUUCAACGACACCGAGUCCGCCUGUCGGGAAAGAUGCGCGGGCAAUUGCUCUUGCGGAAGUUUCUCCUUCUCGGAGGUUGCACCCGGAACUAGCACAGCCACCAACUGUACACUGCACUCAACAUCCACGGUCUUCUUCAACGCGCGAUCCUCAAACGUCACCUCCAACGAUUCCACUGGCACGCCAUUCAUGCUGCGCUUUCUGGUAACUCCCAACCGCGAGAGAGGUGACAAUAACGGGUCCUCCUUCAAUGGGGCCAAGCUAAUUAUCACGGUGGUGAUUGUAUGCUGCGUUGUGGUGGCUGUGGCUGCCAGCCUCUUAUGGUGGUUGUGCAUCAGACGCCGGGAUGCCAAGCGGAGGGCCGAUGCCGCCGCGGCCUUCAGCGUUGUGGGCUUGGCGCGAUUCACCUACAAGGAACUCGUGGAUGCGACAGGGAACUUCGGCCACCAGCUGGGCAGUGGUGGGUUUGGAACUGUAUUCCAGGGGACGCUGCCGGACAAGAGCGAGGUAGCGGUUAAGACACUAAACAAGCUGCGGCAAGGAGAACAAGAAUUUCGUGCUGAGGUUGCUGUCAUCGGGACUGUCCAGCACAUAAACCUCGUCCAGCUUCGAGGGUUUUGCGCGGAGGGUGACCACCGUGCCUUAGUGUACGAAUACAUCCCUAAUGGCUCACUGGAGAAGUACCUCUUCAGACGAGUAGCUGGGAAAGGAGACGGCCCUCAAGAUGUCAACAAUGUCAUGGACUGGAGGACGCGGAUGGCCGUCGCUCUUGGAGCUGCUCGUGGCAUUGCGUAUCUGCACCACGAGUGCAGGUCGAGCAUCAUCCACUGCGACGUCAAGCCGGAGAAUAUCCUCCUGAGCGGGGACUUCACCCCUAAGGUGGCGGAUUUUGGCCUGGCCAAGCUCAUGGGCAAGGACGUGAGCCGAUUGAUUACCAACAUACGUGGGACGCGGGGUUACUUGGCUCCAGAGUGGCUCACAAAUUGCACUCUAACGUCCAAGGUGGAUGUCUACAGCUACGGCAUGACUCUUCUGGAGAUCAUCAGCGGGCGACGCACCGUGGACUUGUCUUAUCCCGCCGACAAGUGGUUCUACGCUGUGUGGGCGUACAAGGAGAUUUCCAAGGGUCGGGAUUUGACCAGCCUUGUGGAUGACAGACUGGCGAAAGGGAGCGUGGACGCAGAGGAGCUUCGGAGGGCGUUGCAUGUGGGGCUAUGGUGCACUCAGGACGAUCCUGUGAAGCGACCCAACAUGAGGGACGUUGAGAAGAUGCUGGAGGGUGUCUUGGACGUUAACGAUGCGCCUGCUCCUCCGUCCUACAUUGCUCAAACUGACGAAGCUUGCAACUCAGGAGAUUCAAAAAUUGCCAGCACUGAUGAGAAAGGGUCACAGCUUAUGAAUGGCAUCUCCUUUGAAUACACACAAACGUUUUCAGGGAGGUAGUAAUAGUUACACAUGUAUGAUACUUGUUGGAGCCGGACGACAACAUUCAGAAUCUCAGCAUGUUAAAUUGAUCUCAUCAGUUAGCUCCGAGCUUACACCUAGACCGAGAAUGAAUAAAGUGUAGGAUAGAACUGGGUGCAAAGCGCGGAUGAAGAGAUGUAAUGCAAUCUUCUUACGAAUUCAAUCUGUUUCUUGUCCAGUUCAUUAUUUA